UUUGUUCAGGUUCAACAAGCUCGGAGCUCAAGGCAGGAAUAUUAGAGAAGGUGAUAAAUCGCUUAUGAAAUAAAUAAACAAACAAAAAUGGGAAACGAAUUAAGAGAAAAGAAAUCUGGGAUUUGUUCUUCAAGUGAUCAUGAGAAUACAGGAGGAUGUAGUUGGGGCUUACUUCAUAUGAUAAGGUAUCAUCAUUGGCGUCAUUUCAUGAAAAGACUCACUCAUCACAAGAGAAGACAUCUUCUGGGAAAUCUUACAAAGAAGCCAAGUGAUGAGAAAAUGCAAAAAGAGGAUGGUGCACAUAUGUAUAAAUCUUCAGGUGGAGAAAAAACGGCGGAGUCCUUGCCGCGAAAGAGCAGUUCUGUCAGAGCCAGAAUAAAAUCACUUCUUCCUGAAGAGAUAUACAAGAGAAAGGAUCGACAUAACCGGAGUUCAUCCUGUCCGGUACAACCACAUUUGACACGAAUCGAACCUGCAGAUCUUGACCCCCUGGCUGAUACUUUGGCAUUAGAUUAUCAAAGUCAUAAUACCGUUUGCAAAAACAACAAAAUCUUUAUGGCUGCCAAUGAGUUGGAUUCACUGCCAAUAACCGGAUACGAAAAUUGCGCAGAAUGCAGCAAAGUCGUUGUUGGGGACCAGUUAGAGCACGACCAUGUUUGUGAGCAUCAAAAUAUGUUAAAGAGACACAAUGUAGAUUCUUUUCGGAGCCGUCCAAAAGAGUAUUUAGAUGCACUGGACAUUAUUAGUACAAACGGGGAGUUGUUGGUAAAACUUUUGCAGGAUCCGGGCUCUCCUUUGGCCCACCACUUUCAGAACCAACAAGCGUUGAGUGCCAAAAGGGGAUUCUUGGCCAAGGCGGAGACAUUCCCUUUACCCGGUUCCCCGGGAAGAAAAGGUUCCGCUGCUAGCAGAUUCAAACAGAUGCAUGAGGCUGAGCCCGGGGCAGAAGAAACGGCAGGAGUUUCUCAUAAUACUUUUUCUCUAUCUUCUGUCGAACAACGAGAGAACCAGGGCGAGACUUAUGUUGUAAGUAAGAGUUUCAAGGAUCUUAGAAAUAAGAUAAAGGAUGUAAUCAAAGAGAGCAGAAAAGAUAUGCAUAGAAUUGCUAUGGAUGCCAUUAUGCAUAAAAUUCCUCAUGGUAAAAAUAUGGAAGAGAUUGAUAAUAAAUUCAGGAGUUCUAUAGUUUAUGGAGAAGAUGGAACUUAUUGCUCGGUUCCUUCCCGCAAUAAGAACAAACUUCGCCUGCGCCAGAUGAGAAGAGCAUCAUCCCUUAACAACUCGUUGGAUAGGUAUUGCCGGUUGUAUGAGACGAGUCCCAACCGAGAACCUAAACACCAAACCUCAGAGGGACUGAAAAUGAGAGCGAAAGAGACAUGCUUGCUCCCAAAGCCCUUGGCCAGGAUCCAGUCGUUGCCCGACCUAAAACCUUUUGUCAAUCAGAGUGAGGAGUCUUUUGAUGCAUUUUCUUCAGGAACUCCAAACAAGGCUCCUUUGGACUCCGACGUAGGCACAGAAAGUAGUUUUGAUGAACAAAAAAGUCUAGACUUUCCGGUAGGCUCUGAAGAUCAUGAGCUGAAGACAGAUGCUUCCUUGGAGAGUAUUGGUCAAGAAAACCCGGUUGAUCUCGGUGCAGUAAAUGAUGACAUCACAGAUGAGGCGGCCUUGACAUCGACCGAAGACGUUGAAGAAACUGUUCACUUGAGUUCUCAAAUGGAUGAUAAUGGAAGCUUGAUUGAUAAAGAACCAGAAACAGACCCAGUACUUGAUGGAUUAGCUACCAGCUUGCCCGUGAAAGUGGAGGAGCUUGAAAUGGCAACUCCUGAAGUGUCCAAAACCGAAAACGCAGAACCACUUGACAAACACUUAACAAGUGACAUUCCCCAUCUCCAAGUGGCUGCAAAAGACAAAGCUGAAUUCAGCUACGUGAAAGAUGUCCUGGAGCUAUCCGGGUUCAGCGGGAACGCAUUCCUCGGAACGUGGCAUUCCGAUGAGCAACCCGUCGAUCCCUCGGUGUACGAGGAAGUGGAGGGCUGCUUGGUCCUUGACCCUGACUGUUGCGGAAAUGAAUUGGGUGGCAAAUGUGAUCACCUUCUUCUGUUUGAUCUAAUCAAUGAGGUUUUGAUAGAGAUUUACGCAAGGUCAUAUAGCUAUUGUCCCUUUGCAUUGUCUUCACUUUCACACAUAAGUCCAAUGCCAUCAGGACCUCAUGUUCUUAGGGAAGUGUGGGCCCUCAUAAGCUGGUACUUAAGCUCGACACCAGAAGUUGACCAAUCACUUGACCAUGUUGUGGGAAAUGACUUGUCAAAGAGUGAUGGGUGGAUGAAUCUUCAGUUUGAUUCUGAGUGUGUUGGGAUUGAGCUUGAAGACUUGAUUUUUGAAGAUCUCUUGGAGGAACUUAUUUGGGCUUAGGCUGCUUUCUCUUAGGCCUUUACUUAUAUUCUUUGUGUACAUAAAAUUUUGUCUGCUUAAAUUGUUGUGUCAAAAUAGAAUGUAAGAUAAUAAGAAGAAGAAUAAAAGAAAUUGGAGAAAAGAUUUAGAUACUGUACAGGUAGGCAGAAAAUAAAAAAGGCAAUGUAAUAUAUCUAUUUUAUACACUGGUAUUUUCUGGUUUCUCUUGAGUUUUUCUGUGCAAUAUGAUAUA